AUGACAUCUAAUGCUCAGGAGGUAAAGAUACGCUCGUACCAGAACUCAGAUAAAGAAGUCUGCCAAGACCUAUUCACUCAAGGAAUGGAACAACUCAUUAGCCUCGUUACGCGGGUAGUCUUUCCAAGAUACUGUUGGAUUCUUGCCGCCUUGUCUGUGUUUGCUAUCCUUGCAGCCAUUAAAUGGAACUUGUGGAUAUUUGCUGUCUACAUUUUUGCUUGCGUGGUCCUUCUUGCUCUAUUGUAUGUCGACAUCUACUUUGAGUGCUGGAAAUUCAUCAAUUCCUGUCUGGCUUCGGACUUGAAGGACAUUGACAAGACUUACAUGUCCACUGAUGAGGGUCACAUGUGGGUGGCAGAGUGGGGUGGAAAAGUUGUUGGAAUGGUGGGACUCAUUCAUAAUGAGAGUCACAAACCAGGAGUCGCUGAACUGCAGAGAAUGUCUGUAUCGCCUGUCUGUAGACGAAUGGGAAUUGCCAGGAAACUGCUCGAUGAACUGCUCCAACACGCCAAGAAACAGGGCUUUGAGAAAAUUGUCCUAACUACAACCAGUGCACAAACACCUGCAAUUCGACUUUACAAAAAGUAUGGCUUUAAACUCAUGGCUGUCUUUCCAUAUCCUCAAAAACUUCUUGCAGAUUUACAAUACAGUUGCUUUGACCUUCAACUGAAGAUCUAA